UUUUUUUCCUUCCAUUUUCUCAUUUCCGGAAGGUUUUUUCCUUUCCUUCUUGGCCGUUGCGGCUGCCUUUUCUCCUCUCUCCCCUCCCUUCUCUUCUCCGGGUAGCCGCUGCCGCCGUCGCUGACAGAGUUGAACCUCCGGGUCCCCGAUGUUCUCCUGGAUCCUCCGCGGCUGCCGCGAUGAGUGCUCCGCCACCGACCAGCUCAAGCAGGCUCGUGAUGUCUUUGUGGCUAAAGAGGCGGUCUUGCAAAAGAAGAUAUCACAAGAGAUGGAACGUGCCAAGGAGUUCACAAAAUCAGGAAACAAGCAAGCAGCAAUGCAGUGCUUAAAGAGGAAAAAGUACUAUGAGAGCCAGAUGAACCAGGUUGGAAGUGUCCGGUUGCGCAUCAAUACCAAGGAGAAGAUGAUUGCGGAUAACAUGGGGAACAAAUAAGAGCAUCUGGCAGAUAUUUGAACCUGAGUAGCCUACAUUAACAUCGGUAGCAGGCUAGCAGCAAGCAAGAAUGGUGGCGAGUUUAAGAUACCUGCCGUGUGUAUAUAUAGUGAUAGCCUUUUUCUUUGUCAUGAAAAUCUUUGUAAUGAUCAUGUCAACUUUCUUGUCUCCAAUCUUUUGUGAACUAUUUGACUUGUGUUUGAGUUGGCAAUCUAGCAUUA